UCCACUGGUGACUCUACCACCACCAUACUACUACUACUACUACUACUACUACUACUACUACUACUACUACGGGCUUGCAUAGGUGGUAAACAUCCAUGUGGUGUCCUUUUCCAUUGUUUGUGAUUUCCCAAGCAGCAGGAUAAAGAAUAGUUGGAAUUCCUUGAGAAGGAUUCGGACGUGGAACAAAAGGGCAAGUGCGGACUUUGGUCAGCCCAAGCUGCCAAUCAGGAUCACUUGCUGCGGGAUUACUCGUGCUUCGUCCAGUGAUGGAAUAUGAAGGGAUGCAGAUACCCGGCCACACACACGAUCAGCGCUCUUAAUUGGACGCCCUCGAAGCGAAAACCGCCAGGAUUUAGCCACCUCCCUCACCGAGUGAUAAAAAGGCAUGUGGGAGUCUGAGGGUGUCCACUUCCUGUCUCCUGUCAUACAAACGUAGCGUUAACCGGCCAAGGCGGGUGGGGGAACCAUGCUGAGGAAUGACCAUAUGGUCUACAUCGGCCUGGAGGUGCUCAUCGCCUGCUUGGCCGUGGCCGGGAACGUCCUGGUGUGCUGGGCCGUGUUCCUCAACUCCAACCUGCAGAGCAUCACCAACUUCUUUGUGGUGUCGCUCGCUGCCGCCGACAUCGCUGUGGGGCUGCUGGCUAUACCGUUUGCCAUCACGAUCAGCACCGGAUUUUGUGCCGACUUCCACGGGUGCCUCUUCAUCGCGUGUUUCGUCCUGGUGCUUACCCAGAGCUCCAUCUUCAGCCUGCUGGCCAUCGCUGUGGACCGAUACGUCGCCAUCAAGAACCCGCUCAGGUACAACAGCCUGGUGACCGGUCCGAGGGCAAAGGCGAUAAUUGCGUUGUGCUGGUUGCUCUCGGUGGGCAUCGGCCUGACGCCAAUGCUGGGCUGGAACAAAGGACGGAACUCCACCAGCUCCGCCUCCAGCACUUGCCCCGAAGGCUUGACCGAGUGCCUCUUUGAGGGCGUGGUCACGCUGGACUACAUGAUCUACUUCAACUUCUUCGGCUGCGUGCUCCUACCCCUGGCGGUGAUGCUGGUGGUCUACGCCCACAUCUUCAUGGCGGCGCGGCGCCAGCUCCGCCUGACGAGCCUCAAGAAGGUCUCCCCGGCCCCGCCCGCCCCGUCCCUGAAAGGGCCGAUGCCGUCGUCCCGCUCCACCCUGCAGAAGGAGGUGCACGCCGCCAAAUCGCUGGCCAUCAUCGUGGGCCUGUUCGCCCUGUGUUGGCUCCCGCUGCACAUCAUCAACUGUUUCAACUACUUGUGUCACGACUGCGCUCGCCCGCACGUCUGGGUGAUGAAUAUCGCCAUCAUCUUGUCGCACGCCAACUCUGUGGUCAACCCCUUCAUCUACGCAUACCGCAUCAGGGAGUUCCGGCAGACGUUCCGGAGGAUUCUGUAUCGCCACCUUCUGGGGCAGAGGGACAGCUUCAGGGGGGGCGGCGACGGCGGCGACACAAGGAGCAGUAGCAUGAGGAGGACGUCCUCGCACAUCAGUAAAGAAGACACCUUGUCUUGCACCGUGGUCAACAGCUACGUCCUGGACUCCAGCCAGUGGGCGUCGGCAAACAGCUGCACACACAACGGGAAGCCCGGAGCGAGCGCACAGCAGCAGUGCAUGAUGGGACUUCCUUCGCAGGAGGGGGUGGAGUCAGUCACUAAGCUGGAGGGGACCAGGAAUGUGGACCUGAGGGACGGUGGUGGAAGCCGCAUCGCUUUUGUCAACGUUCCUACUCUUGCCGCCAUACAGACUUCACACUGUAGCCACUUAACACAAGUGGGGUGAGUUGGGGCACUGCCGCGUCGCACCCCCCCCCCCCCCCAGUUUGGGAACCAUAUCAAUGGUCAAGUGUAAAAAGAAGUUUACAGCUGGAAGUAAAAACCUAAAAAACAUCAAAGUCUUGUUUUAAUGACAUGUCAGUUUUUGCACAAUUUCAAUGACAAGAAAUUAACCUUUGUUUAAAAAAGAAAAAUUCUUGUUAGAAUACAC